AUGGCAACGGAAUUCACCCCAGGUUCACCCCCUGGUCAGGAAGACACACCUCUACCGGGUCGACCCUCAGACACAAACAACCGUACUGGCAUUGUCAUACAACAGAAUUACAUGGCCGAGGGUGUAACCAUAAACAUUUCUUCAAGCAACAGUUACGGUUCCACCGUAACCAAGCUAGAGCAUACUGCCGCCCAAUCAGGAGGGCCCGCGUCCUUACAGCAUCUGUUAACGAGGCAGCCGGCUCCAGUUGAGUAUGGUCAUGAAGGUGUGGUGAUCAAUGGGAACAUGUUUGGCGAGUAUAUGGCAAUCAAUAUAGCAUCACCCUACUCGACAGGCGCUGCGCCAAACCCAGAACUUUUAGUGACAGACGAAUGGGAUUUGAAGCUGAUGUGA